CUUUUUUAAAUUUUCCCUUCAAAUAAUUUAACUAAAAGAAUACGUAUAUAUUAUGUAAUAUUUUUGCGAAUUAUUUUUGUAAGUGCACGCACAAUGUACGGUAAUGUUCCCGUACUCGGUACUAGCACUAUAGUACUCGCUCGGUUCUCGGUUAUGUCAACGUACUUGUCAUAGAAUAAAUAUAAUUAAGAGACGCGAUUCACGCAAUAAUAAGUAUUUCGAGAAAUAGUUGUAAUUUUAGGGAGAUUUAUAUAUAUGUGCGCGCGCAUACACACAUAUAUUCAUACACAAGAGUUUAAUUAAAUAUAUCGAUUAUUGUUUAUAAAAAUUUUAAAAAUUUUCUCUACAAUAAUUAACCAGAAUUUUCGACAAACUUUCUGUAAUAUAUAAUAUAAAAUUUAAUCUAAAACUUAUAUCAAAUGUUACAAGUCGCUGAACUUGUGAUAACUUUUUUUUUUCGCUUGCCUUCAAUUGGCGCUAACUAUAAAAAUCUCUAAGAACAAUUGUUAAACAAUAAAAUAAGUUUUGUGAAAAAUACUGUGCAAAUUGUACACAUACAUCAAUAUUGUUUAAUAUCAUUAAUAAAAUGAUGCAUUAUAAAGAAUUUUAUGUGAAUCAAUGUACAAACGUUAUUAUGAGUAAGAGUGAUUAAUGCUAUAUAGAAAAUAGGUUAGGAAAAUAUCUCGCGCUCCGAUUUUGAGGUCUUUUGCACGCUUUGAUGCAAGUUACAAUGUUAAUCUGGACAAUUAGAAAAAGUGUACCGUGCAAUCUACGACGAAUUGCUGCAUGUGUUACUUACAGAAACAAAACGAGAACAAAGAUCCCACGAUAUUGCAAUGAAUCAAAUCUACUGUCUACAUCGCUUCCGAAUUUUGCUUCUUGUAGAAUUUACAGCACCGAAUCGGAGGUUUCCUUGCCUAUGCUAGUGGAAGGGGCUCCUGUACACAUACCGUCUCUUUUAACUCCAUUAAAGCUUCUUUAUUUAUCAAUUUUUAGAAUUACUCCAUACAUAGAUCAAGAAUUUAAUGUUGAUGAGUUUCUUAAAGGAGCCAAACAUGCAACAGUAGUAAUAUCUAAAGCUUUAACAAAUAAAGAUUAUGAAUCUUUACAAGAGCUUGUAACAGAAGAUUUGAUAGAGAUUUUAAAAGCAAAGAUUGAGACCCUUAGUCCUCAUCAAAGACAAUUAAUUGCAGUAGAUGAAGAUGAUAUGUUAUUUUAUGUGUUAUCUGACAUUGCUGCUACAGUAGGUGAGGAGCAUUCCAUUAAAAUUACAGUAAUUUGUCAUUACAUCCAAGGUCUUGCUGAGAAAAAAAAUAAAAUGAUGACUGGAAUGAUAGAUUUUACUAUAGCGAAACAUUUAAUAUGUAAUUAUACAUUCACCCGUAAGUAUGUAAAUAAUAUCGGAGGUCCAUGGAUUGCAACUUUUGUAAAUCAUUAUUCUAUGCCAUAGAGAGAUUUGCAAAAUAUAUAGUUUAAAAUAAAAAUUUGUGCUAAUC